GAGUGUUAGUCGAGUUACUGAAAGCUAGCUGACGGCUAGCGCUCACAAGCCGCCUUGUUUGAAUGGACGUAGCUGUUAUGUUACGAUAUUACUGUAAAAUACACAGACACGUGAGAGCCAUUCAAGAUAGAUUUUGGUUUCGGGGCAGUUGAAGUUGACGAUAUUGAUAUUAUUGAUACUCCCGGUGUGAGCUAGCAUUGGCGCUAACACAGGCGCUUGUUCGCGAUAGCGGACCAUGGCGGCUAACAUUAGCCUGUUUUGUUAGCAGUGUUUAUUUUGAUACAAGAACGGCAACGUCAUCUGGUUGCAGUUUACUUCGACAACAUCCAGACUGAUUGAAUACAAACUAACCGAAGGAAAACGCAGUGACUCGGGAAGUGCAAGGAACAGUGGCAGAGCGAUGGCAGACGGCGCAGGGAUGCAGUUCGUCAGCGCCUUUGCUUUUGAAGCCAUGCAGAAGGUGGACGUGGUGCGUCUGGCAGCCCUGAGUGACCCAGAGCUGAGGCUGCUGCUCCCCUGCCUGGUGAGGAUGGCCCUGUGUGCUCCGGCUGACCAGAGCGAGUCCUGGGCUCAGGACAAGAAGCUCAUCCUUCGGCUGCUCUCAGGGGUGGAAGCCGUCAACUCCAUCGUGGCUCUUUUGUCCGUCGACUUUCACGCCUUGGAGCAGGAUGCACGAAAGGAGCAGCAGCUCAGGCACAAGGCCGGUGGCUCGAACGGCGAGAGCAUCCUGGUGUCACAGCUACAACAUGGCCUGACCCUGGAGUUUGAGCACAGCGAUCCCCUGAGGAGACUGCGCCUGACCCUCAGUGAUCUGUUGGCCAUCAUGAAUAAGGUGGUGGACUCAAAUGGAGAAUUUUUCUUAAAGUCUUCUGAACUCUUUGAAAGCCCGGUUUACUUGGAAGAGGUCGCAGAUGUCCUUUGCAUUUUACAAGCAGAACUGCCUUCCUUGUUGCCCAUUGUGGACGUGGCAGAGGCUCUGCUCCAUGUACGCAACGGUGAUUGGUUUCUGUGUCUGCUGGUUGCCAAUGUCCCUGACAGCUUCAAUGAAGUUUGCAGAGGUUUGAUCAAGAAUGGAGAACGUCAGGAUGAGGAGAGUCUGGGUGGUCGGCGCAGGACUGAAGCACUGAGGCAGCUGUGUCAGAUGAACCCAUCACAGGCCCUCAACAUCAGAGCUAUGGUGGUGGAGGAGUGCCACCUGCCUGGCCUUGGUGUGGCUCUAACUCUGGACUACAAACCAGAUACACCAGAUGAGGCAGUCAGCCCUCUGGUGUCUUAUGUGAGCGGUCUACUGCUGGGCACCAAUAGCAAAGUCCGUACCUGGUUCAGCAUGUUCAUUCGCAAUGGACAACAGCGAAAGAGAGAAAGCAGCUCAGUGCUGUGGCAGAUGCGCAGACAGCUGCUGCUGGAGCUGGUCGCCAUCCUGCCGCGGUCACGCAGCACCCACAUGCCCAAUGACGGUGACAUGGAAGACGAGGGCCUCUCGGGGUACUCUGGCCUGAGAGAGGAGCAUGUAGUGAAGGCCAGUGCUCUGCUCCGACUGUACUGUGCCCUCAUGGGCAUCGCGGGUCUCAGACCGACGGACGAAGAGGCAGAGCAGUUGCUACAGCUGAUGACCAGCCGGCCUCCGGCCACUCCUGCUGGUGUUCGCUUUGUCUCCCUGUCCUUCUGCAAGCUGCUCGCCUUCCCUACUCUGGUCAGCACUCCAGAGCAAGAGCAGCUGAUGGUCAUGUGGCUUAGCUGGAUGAUCAAAGAGGAGGAAUACUUUGAGAGUGCUGCGGGCGUAUCUGCUUCUUUUGGAGAGAUGCUAUUACUGGUUGCCAUGUAUUUCCAUAGCAACCAGCUCAGCUCCAUUAUUGAGUUGGUGUGCUCUACUUUGGGGAUGAAGAUUGCCAUCAAGCCAAGCUCUCUGAGCAAGAUGAAGACUAUCUUCACACAAGAAAUCUUUACAGAACAGGUAGUCACAGCCCAUGCGGUUCGGGUCGCAGUGACCAAUAACUUAAGUGCCAACAUCACAGGGUUCCUCCCAAUACACUGUAUCUACCAGCUGCUUCGGAGCCGAGCCUUUACCAAGCACAAAGUCUCCAUCAAGGAUUGGAUCUAUCGCCAGCUCUGUGAGACAAGCACCCCUAUCCACACCCAACUGAUUCCUCUAAUUGAUGCCUAUAUCAACUCCAUCCUCACUCCAGCGUCUAAGGCCAACCCAGAGGCCACCAACCAGCCUAUCACUGAGCAGGAGAUCCUCAGAGUAUUUCAGAGUUCUGCUGGGCAGGGGGAGGGGAGUAGAGGGGGACGACAGCGCUACUCCAUCACUACCCAACUCCUUAUCCUCUACUACAUCCUGUCGUAUGAGGAGAACCUGUUGGCUAGCACCAAACAACUAGCCCUGAUGCAGAGGAAGCCCAAGUCCUACUCAGCAGCCCUGAUGGACCAAAUCCCCAUUAAGUACUUGGUUACCCAGGCCCAGGGACUUCAGCAGGAGCUAGGAGGCCUGCAUUCUGCCCUGCUGAGGCUGUUGGCCACCAACUACCCCCAUCUAUGUCUGGUGGAGGACUGGGUGUGUGAGGAGGUGGUGACUGGUACCCUGCCCCUGCUGAGGAGAAUGAUGCUCCCCAGCAACACCUGCAGAUACACCCGGAGCCAGCUCCACCAGGCCUUCCAGAAGUUGCCAUCCAGCAGUCCCAGGUUAAUGCGGAUCCUGGAGCACUUAACGCUACUUUCACCUGGAGACCUGAUCCCAUAUGCAGAAGCCCUCACCGACAGCAUGGCUCUGCUGCUGGAUUCCUCCGUGCCCCGUCGCAUACUGCAGACCCUCAACAAGCUCUGGAUGGGCCUCAAUACUGUGAUGCCCCGCAGGCUGUGGGUGAUGACAGUAAAUGCCCUCCAACCCUCGGCGAAGCUGCUCAAGCAGCAGAGAUACACUCAGAACGACCUGAUGGUGGAUCCCCUCAUUGCAUUGCGCUGUGAACAGAGGGUAUACAGGUGUCCUCCUUUCAUGGACAUCGUCCUUCACAUGCUGAAUGGCUACCUGCUAGCCUCAAAAGCCUACCUACACUGCCACCUGAAGGAGACGGCGGACUUUGAUCGUCAGGGCCAGACAGUCUCGAGCCUGGGGGUGCCUGGACAGCCAGAUACUCCUGAGGUCACCAGGGAGGAACUGAAGAACGCCCUUCUAGCUGCACAGGACAGCGCAGCAGUCCAGAUUCUUCUUGAGGUGUGUCUGCCAACCUCCGAGGAGCAGCAGCUGGGGGCUAACCCAGAGAGCCUGCUGAAGAGCAUCAGAGGUCCCAUGCCAGGGAAACUGAAACAGGGGAGCCCGGGGCCGAGAGCCUGCAGGGGCAUGGAGGACGCUGAGCCAGAGGGAGGCCUGCUCAGCGACAUGAGGGAGGUGCAAUGCCUCAUCUGUUGUCUGCUACAUCAGAUGUUCAUUGCCGACCCCAACAUCGCCAAGUUGGUUCACUUUCAGGGUUACCCUCAAGCUCUGCUGCCUUUAACUGUGGCAGGCAUCCCCUCCAUCCAUAUCUGUUUGGACUUCAUCCCAGAGCUGCUGGCCCAGCCCCAGCUGGAAAAGCAGAUCUUUGCAAUCCAAUUGCUAUCGUACCUGUGUACCCAGUACGCACUGCCCAAGUCCCUCAGUGUGGCCAGGUUGGCCAUCAGUGUGAUGGGCACCCUCCUCACAGUGCUGACUCAUGCCAAGCGUUUCUCCUUCUUCAUGCCCACCCUGCCAUGCCUGGUGGCCUUCUGCCAGGCCUUCCCUCCUCUCUAUGAUGAAGUGGCAGGUCUGUUGGUACAAGUGGGCCAGGUUUGUGCCUCUGACGUAGCCACCAAAGCCAGGGAUGUUGACCCCCUCAUUGCCCGCCUGCAGUAUCUAAAAGAGAAGCCUCAGGAAGCCCUGAUUCAAGGAGGAGGCUCCUCAAAGCUGACUUUACCUCAGAGGACAGCAGAAGAACUGGGUGGAGCUGACCCUGAUGUUCAACUCUGCUACUGUGUGGAAGCCACUUUCAUGGACAUUAUCAGCUCCACUCUUCAUGGACUAUAGACCACACACACACACACACACACACACACACACACACACACACACACACACACACACACACACACACACACACACACACACACACACACACACACACACACACACACACACACACACACACACACACACACACACACACACACACACACACUAGAGGGAGAGGAGGGACCACGCUUCCACUAACAACUCAAAACACCACCCUGAUCGACAUUCACUCUCCUGAGAAGGGCUAAUGUCAACACACAUCCAUUGAUCUGCAACAGAUGUAAAUUUCUUAAGGGCUUCCAGAGAAUGUUAGGUCGUGGGUUGCUUUCAUUCUGUGCACACAGUGAACAAUUCAUUUUAUAUUCACUCUUGUCUGUUUGGUCAGUCACCUAAUGAAAAAUACAUUAUUUACCUCCUUGACACCCUGUAAAUAAACCAUGUCUCCAAUUUAAUUAGAAAAUGUGUGUGCCUCUGUAGAAAGAAUACUGAAAAGGUUAAGUGGGUCAAUUUUCUUGACCUCAGCAGGCACAUUUUUCUUAGCUUUAAGUGUCAUGAGCUUUUACUUAGCCACUGAAAAUAGAAAAUGUUACCUUGAAAUAAUAUGUAGAGCUUUUGUAUCGUUUUUGUUUGUAAUAAAACAAAAAAAUGA